GAAGUUCCUCCACCGAAAUUCCUGUAUCGUGGGAACUAUGAAGAGGAUCAACUAGAAAUUUCAAAGAAAGUGAAUCUUAGUCCAAGGUAUUGGUCAUAAAUUCUCUUUUAUAUUUUGAAAAUUAAUGCUGAAUAUAACUGUAAAGAGUAGAUUACUUAACAUAUUGGGUUAAGACUAGCUAAUUGUUGCAGCUGACUUAGAUGUUUUAUGCACUUGUGCCUUUUAGGCUAUUCAGUCAGCGAUCUGAAUCGAAAAUUUAUGUAGUGGAAAUCAACUUAAUUCUGUGAAGUCAAGGUACGUUUCCUAAACCAUCGAUCAAGAAAUAGAUUUAAAGAAGACGGUGUGUUUGCAUGUUGAUUUUUGAUGGUUACUUUUUGUGAUCUGUGUAGUCUACUCUUCUCAUGUAUCCGCCCUGACGAAUCUACUUUUAUCUAAAAUUUUGCUGUAAAUUCUCCGCAAUAAAGGCUGUAAUCUUCAAGAGUCGUCCUUAUAAUCCAAGUACCACAAUAGCUAUGGGAUCUUAGGGACCUUACCUCGGCCAAUUAUUUCAGGUACUAUAACGACGUUAUAUAAUCAUUGUUUCGUUUGGGAAUGUCAAGGUGUCCUCUCUUCAAAUUUUAUACGUUUCUUUCAUGAGUAGGUCGAAGUCAGGGAACUUAGUUUGUUACUUUUAUUUUUGUUAAUAUUUCACACGCCUUCCUCUAGACGUUAUAUAGUUGUAGUGUUAGCCUAAUCAAUUGUUCUUACGACUUAAGUCUAAUGCUUUGUAUUACUUUUGCUCAACAGUAUUUCAGCACGCCUCAGUAAUUACUCAGUUGAAUCCAGGUGGGUCUCAUAUUGCUAUUGUAUUUCCAUACUAAUAAUAUGUUUGACUGUUUUUGCUCAAUGGUAAAAAAGGCCACUUUAUUCAGCUCUUCUCGACUUAGAUAAUAGAUUUCAAGUCACAUGAGUAUUGGACCAUGGUUGUUCAAUAUGUAUGCAGUACUGUCGUCACUCCGAUUCACGUACAUAGUUUUAAAUACUAUUAUAAUCUCAUCAAAACUCGUCUAAAGAGCAGUGCUUUCGUUUGUUCACACUUAAUUUUGGCAACAAUCUGACAACCUUACGUUUAAUAUUCUUUUAAGGCUUUGGAAAAAUGCAUUUCCAUGUAGUGUUUCAUGUCCGUUUAUUCAUCCACUUAUCUCGCACACAAACUCUGACUCUUGUUCCAGCAUAUAUCUGUGCUCAGUAAAUGGGUCUUCAUAUUGCUUUAGUUUUGUUUAUUUAUCGAAAUAAGUAAAUUAUGUAUAAUUGGACCAUAAGAUUAGUUUAUGCAGACAGUCUGAUUUAGUCAUCACAAAACUAAACAAGUUUUUAUUUUUUUAGGCACGAGAUGGAUAACCGCGAAAUUGCGCGUAGUCGGUACCAAGAGGAUCGUUCGGGUCGAGUAGUCAAAGGACGUGGACGAAUCUGUUAUCAAAGCCCCAACUCUCGUUCGGGAAGUCCUGAACGUAGUACUACCCCACCUCACUGGCGUCAAGCAAGUUCUCAUACCCAGAGAUUAGAUCAAAAUGAUUGGAAGCAAUGGAGUGAACGACGGAAUCACGAACAGAUAAACAAUAUACAGAGAAGAGUAUCAUCAUCCCAUUCAUCACGUGGAAGUAGGCAAGAUCCACUUUCUCCAUCUAUAGCUGCAAGUCGUAAUAGAAACCCAAGCGCUUCACCGUCAUCUGUCGUCAUAGCCGAUACUGAUUUUUCUGGCAAUCUAAGAGAUAUUGAUUCUUCAGAGAAAGGGUUUUCAAUCGAUCAACGAGAUGUCCGUAAACAGCGUUCCUCCAGUCACUCGCCAUCGCCAGUUGCUCGGGUUUUAGUAAAUGAUUCCAAAUUAGUGGAAAAUGGUUCUUCACCAACACAAAAUAAUGUAUCACCAGUCUCAACUGUACAAAAAGAGAUUUAUAUCGAGUACCAGGGUAAACCUGAUGAUUCUUGUGACAGGCGUUAUGUUAGAUCUCCCGAAGAUAUACGUCAGACGUCAGUGUCUGAGGAUGUACUUGGUAAAGAUCGGCGAACAAACCAACGUAUGUCAGAAAUAGACGACGAAUAUAUGGUAGAUGUCGAUGAAGAUGCUAAGUUUAAGACCCUUCCGACCAAUACUCAUGAAGAGUCUCCAAAACUCUCUACAUUUUCAGAAUAUUCAACAGUUAAGUCAAGUGACGUACCCAAGAUAGACUUAAGCGACUCACCAAAAGUGUAUCACAGCAAUCAGUCCCCUGGAAAGUAUUCUGGGUCCCCAAAUUUGAAAUCCCCACAACAGAUACUCGCUUCCCCAGCCAAUUCAUGUACUUCCGGUCAACAGCAGAAAUAUCAGUCAAAAUCCCCUGUUAUGCUUUCACCGAAGCUUCCGACAUCUGAAAGUCAGGUUCCUAUUGACCAACAUAUUAUAAUCUCACCAUCUCGUAUCCCUUACCCAUCCCCUCUGUUAACUGCCGAUUCCAACAACCGUAUGCCAUCACCUCCCAAUGAGAACGCCCACAUAUCUUCACCUCCGAAUCUCCCAAAUAGAAAUCAAAUUUCUCCCGAACUUUCUAGAAUCCCGACACCGCAACCACCAGAUAUUAAUAAAGAACAAGGUAAAGUGUUUUCAGAAGAAUCUAACCUACAUAUACUGGAGACGAUUCCGUCACCAGAACAACCUAGAAAACAGCUCUCACCUUCACAUUCAGAUAAACACUUGAAAGUUACUCGUGGCUCCCGGUCUGCUUCUCGAAGUUCUACUCAAGGGUCCAGAUCAAACUCCAGUUGCGAAUCGGAUAGCUCUAGAUCUUGUUCUCGUUCGCACUCUCAAACAAGCCCUAAAAAACGACGCCGACGAGCUCCUCGCAGUCCUCCACCCCAUCUCGUUGAGAAGUGGAAAAUGCGUCGUGAAAUGCUUAACCAGAAACGCCGCGUUGUACCCCCGUCUGUAGCAGCUUAUGCACCUUCUGGGUCAUCAGAAGAUCGUCUCCGCGGGAUUGAAAGACGACAUUUAUCAGGAAGGAGUGCACACAUACAUUCUCGGUCACCAUCACGUUCCAUCCCGAGCCGCCGGCGAAGUCGAUCCUCAAGCUCACGCUCUAAAUCAGGUUCGUAUACACAUGGCCGUACAAAGUCAACUAUGAGACGUGGUUCUCCUGAAACAGAAAGUAUUCGAAGUCGGAGAAGAAGUUCAAGUCAUGACAGGAAAACAUCGCGUUCAAGAUCACAUAGUCGCUCACCUCCAAAAAGCUUUGGAUUGAAACACAGAGGCACUUCACCUAGUAAACCCAUCAUCGUGAUAACUAAGAAAGGUCAGACUAUACAGAAACCUAAAAUUGUUAUGGAAGAUCCACCCACCGAAAAUACUGUGACGACCAGUAAAUGGGAAAAUUCCCCUCAAAUCAUAGAGAAGAAUACAAACCAACAAUCAGGUCCAUGGACUAGCAAGCAUUGGGAAGCAGGCGAUAAAGCGGAACUUGACGAGUCUGCAAACAAAGAUGAAAAGAAACCAGCUAUUUCGAAAACACAAAGUUCAAAUGGUAUUUCAGUUUUACAGAGACUUCGUGCUGUACAAGAAGAUUCCUCUAAGAAUGAAGUACAAUUAAGUAAAGGUGGGGAUUCUCCGACUGCCGAUAUUGUUUCUAAGGAAAAACUAGAAAACUCAACCGCUGCUUCUUAUGAAACUACGCCUAUCCCGACUGUGCCAACUAUGAUCAAGCCCCAAGUGCCUCCAAUAUCUAAAAAUCACGUCAAAAAGCCGGCUGCAAUCAGAGGAAGAUCUCAUUCAUCUAGUUCAAGUUCUUCCUCAUCUUCUUCAUCUUCCUCUUCAAGAAGUUCUAGCAGACCUAAGCGUUCUCGUAAGAGGUCUCGGUCCAUAAGCUCAUCGGCACGCAAAAUCAAAAGGAGUGACUUUUCGGACUCCAGAAGCAGAGGUAGAAUUAGUCGUGGACGCUACUCUCCAGUUAGUCGUUCAUAUUAUACGAGAUCACGUUCUCGUUCAUUCUCAACAAGAGCUUCGACGAAUUGGGGCACGCGUACCAGCUAUCCAAGUCGUAAUCGUUCUUGGUCUAGAUCGCGUUCCAGGUCGUUUUCCAGGGACUCAAGAUCUCAUAGCCCGAGUGCUCGUCGUCAUAAACGUCGUCACCGAAGAACGCGUCGUGGGAGGAACUCAAGUCGUAGUUGGUCAUCAUCGAGAAGUUCUAGUAGAUCUAUAAGACGGCGCUAACUGUAAUAUUCUCAAACGAAAAUGCAUUGUUCAGUCCUUUAUUUUAAAUGUAUUUAUUCAUGAUAUAACCAUGUGUUUAUUCUUACAACUCAUUUCGUGGUAAAAGCAUACCACUUUAAUAGAAUAAUUAUAAGUAAACAGUUGAUUCUAGCAUCGAAUGAGCUUAAAUUAUAAAUAUAAAAUAUAGGAAUGAUAGUAAUGAUAAAGUGAUUCACAACUCAAAGUUAAAUGCUGAUAAAUAAGUCAAAAGUUAAUCACCAAAUUAACCGAUUUUCGUGUCCAGUUUCAGAAACUAUUCUGCUUCGGCUUUUGGGCGAGGUGGUAAUGGAGGGGGUAUUUGUCUUGAAGGCGUCUGUGGGGCGGCUCUUGUCGGAGAAACGGGAUCAAG